UGUAUGGACCUACAGAGCUGAGAUAUUUUUCUAAAAAUCUUUGUUGGUUUUCUGCUGAAGAAAGAAAUUCAUACACAUCUGGGAUGGCAUGAGGGUGAGUAGAUGAUGAGAGAAUUUUCAUUUUUGGGCUGAACAAUCCCUUUAAAUGCAAAUACAAAAAUAGCACACACUAAUAGCUUUAGCAUAAGCAUAUACAAUCAAUUAACCAUUGUAGGCCUGUCUUUAAAGGUUUAUAGGUUAUUGUUAAAAUCAAUUCCCCAAUGGAAAAAAAAAUUGGAUUUUUACUUCUGGAACCAGACUGUUGUGAUCCAUAAGCGCAUACUGAAUUGUGAUUGAUCCUAUUUCUUCCAUUUAAUUGAAAUGUGAUAAAUAUGUUUUUCAGUAAAAACAUAAACUUUCGCAGAACUGUUAACGCUUCAGUUAUUUUGCUGCCUUGCAAGAACUGGUAGUUUCAUCAGGAAGAUCAAGUAUGAGCCUUGACUAAUUUAGCUUCAAAAUAAAUUAAGUUAUUUAUUUAUUAAUUACUUUAAGUCAUUUUACAUUGCUUGAGUUCAACAAUAUGCUUGUUUGUUUUUUAUAAUCUCACAGAGACUAAGUCAAGGUGUUUCAUAUCCAUACCAAUUUGACUGUUCUCUCAGUGUAAAUAAGUAAGUGUUUAAAAAGUGAAGCAGAUCUAAUGUUGUUUCAUGGGACUUGCAUUCUGCUUGGCGCAGGAGGAAGCAGCCACUUACAGACACCUGGGUGCCAUAUUGAGACACUGUAUUAUGAGCACCUCAGAGGGGCAGGAACGCACAGAGGAGAUGCACAGCCACACGGUGAACCUGCUGGGGAACCUGCCUCUUCCAUGUCUUGAUGUCUUGCUGAUGCCUAAAGUCCAGCAGGGGUCUAUUGAAUACAUGGGCGUUAACAUGGAUGCUGUCAAAGUGUUGCUGGAGUUUAUGGAGAAAAGACUCGACAGAGGAAACAAGGUAAAGGAAACCCUGCUGCCUUCAUUAAAUCUACUGACGGAGAGCGCCCGCAUUCACAGAGAGACGAGAAAAUUCUUACGAAUGAAAGUGCUUCCCCCGUUACGAGAUGUCAAAAACCGACCCGAGGUUGGUAACGCCCUGCGAAACAAGCUGGUACGUCUAAUGACCCACAUAGACACGGACGUGAAGCACUGUGCAGCUGAGUUCCUGUUUGUGCUGUGCAAAGAGAGUGUUUCCAGGUUCAUCAAGUACACAGGGUACGGUAAUGCGGCGGGUUUGCUGGCAGCGCGGGGCCUGUUGAGAGGGGGGCGAGAUCCUGGUCACUAUUCAGAGGACGAGGACAGCGACACUGAGGAGUACAGAGAGGCGAAGCCUCAUAUCAAUCCUGUAACUGGACGUGUGGAGGGAGAGCAGCCCAACCCAAUGGAGGGAAUGACUGAAGAACAGAAAGAAUUGGAGGCCAUGAAACUAGUCAACAUGUUCGACAAACUCUCCAGGCAGCAGGUAAUCCAGCCUAUGAAAAUUGGAGCUGACGGUAAAAUGACCUCAUUGGAACCACAAGAACUCCAAUUUUUAGCCCAUCAACAGUUCGGAGAACCCAAUAAUUCUGAAAGUGACAGCGAUACAAACUAAUGGGGUGUCCCCAAAUUCCAUUGAUGGGAUAUUUGGAAUGUUGCAGUGCAAGCAAGCACUUGAGUUAUAUAUAGGCCUAAUCAAAAAGAAAAACUCUUGGUGAAUCAUAUUAAAGAAUCAAACCUUUUGACACAGCCGCUGUUUAUUCAUGUCACCUAGUGAUAUUAUUUUCAGUUAAUUUGAGGUUUAUUGUGUUGGCCUGUUUUUUAGGUAAUAUGUUCUAUACAAUGACAGUGAAAACAUGGUUUGGUUCCACACAGCUUGUAUUUAUUAAUUUAACAGAAUUUUUUUACAGUAAUGGAACUUUCUGUAUUCAUAACACUAUAUGAUGCCAUGGGAGCACAUAUUAAUUUAUAAUUUAGACUGUGGCCUAAGAAGUAUGUAUGAAUGAUGACAAUGAGAGAGCACUGCUAUUUAUUUAUUUGGUUUCAGGAUGAACUGAGCAGGGGAAUUAUUUUAAGCUACGAUUUUAUGAAAGAGUUUACGGAAUAUGUGAUAUUUUCAGAGAAUCAUUCUUAAUUUUGCUUAAAAUAUUUCGGUUUUGCACUACAGCAUGUAAAGCCUCCUGUGUUCAAUUUUGUUCUGUGGCAUGAUUAUUAUUAUUGGAUCAGCUCUUCGACACAAAUAGUGAAUUGUGAUGUGUGUGGAAAAGGGUCGAGUUGCUGUAUGUUGUUGUAGCCACAGUGAUCCAUUGGUAAAAAUGUCCGUAUAAUAAAGUAUGUAUGAAAGACUGAGAGGAAUGUUGUAUUUGAAAUUAUUUGUAUCACGUUGUGUUAAAAAAAACUUGAUUGUGAUAUCAGUAAUAAAA